AUGGCAGAACUCCCCACAAAACAGACGGCUCUCACAUUCCAAGACGACGGCACACUUGGGAUCUCGCAUGAAGCGCCGGUCGCAGAACUCAAGCCAGACAUGAUCAUUGUGAAGACAGCGGCAGUGUCAGUCAACCCCGUCGACACGAAAAUGGAGUCGGGAUUCGCAAAGCCGGGGAGCAUCGGCGGCUGCGAUUUUGCGGGGACGGUAGUGGCCGUCGGAUCCGAAGUGCGGCGGCCCGUGAAGGUCGGCGACCGCGUGACCGGCGCCGUCAUGGGCUCCGACCCGAACGACCCGUCCUCAGGCUCCUUCGCGACCUACGUCUCGGCCCCGGCCGACAUCACGCUGACGCUGCCCGAGAGCGUGCCGUGGUCCGUCGGCGCGUCGCUGUCGACCGUGUGGUUCACCGUCGGCCAGGCCCUCUUCCACCACCUGCUGCCCGACCUGGACGUCACGCCAGCAAAACCCUACACCGGCGAGAAGCCCAUCACGGUGCUCGUUUACGGCGGCAGCAGCUCGGUCGGCACGGCGGCGAUCCAGCUGCUGCGGCUGGCCGGCCUGCGGCCCAUCACAACGUGCUCGCCGCGCAACUUCGACCUCGUGCGGUCGUAUGGCGCCGACGAGGCCUACGACUACCGCGUGCCGACGUGCGCCGCCGACAUCAAGGCCGCGACGAAAGGCAACCUCAAGUACGCCCUCGACUGCAUCACAACGAAAGACAGCAUCGCCAUCUGCUACGCCGCCAUCGGCCGCGCCGGCGGCCGCUACACCGCCCUCGACCCCUUCUGGGAGGCCACCGCCGCCACCCGCAAGGCUGUCAAGGCAAACUGGACCCUCGGCAUCACCAUGCUGGGCAAGGACAUCGCCUGGCCGGAACCGUACGGCCGCCCCGGCUCCGAGGAGGCGAGGAGCUUCGGAGCGAGGUGGGCAGGUGAGUUGCAGGCCUUGCUGGAGAGUGGGAAGAUGCGCCCUCAUCCGUUGAGGGCGAAGGAGGGUGCUGGGUGGGAGGACGUGCUGGCCGGUUUGCAGGAAAUUAAGAAAGGGGAAGUAAGCGGCCAGAAGCUUGUUUAUGUAUUUUGA